AUGCAGCAUCCUUUGGAUAUGGGGGCGCACUACUACCCGCCAGAGGCCCUCCCGGACCACAGGACGCACCGGUACCGGAGCUUCAUGAUCGAGGAGAUCCUGACCGACCCCCCGGAGCACAAGGCCCCGGCCGGGGAGCUGCUCAAGUUCGGAGUCCAGGCCCUGCUCUCCGCCCGGCCCUUCCACAGCCAGCUCGUGCUAAAGGCCGACCAGUCCAGUCUGCUGAAGUUCCCCAUGUCCCCCCUGUCCUGCUCGCUGGGGCCCCCCCUGGGCCCCCCCCUGCUCUCCGCGGCCCCGGGCCUGCCGGGGGGCCCCGCCGCGCACCACCUCCCGCUGGACCUGCACCUCCGCGGGAAGCUGGAGCCCGACGGCGGGGGCAAGGGCAAGAAGGGCCGGCGCAGCCGCACCGUGUUCACCGAGCUGCAGCUCAUGGGGCUGGAGAAGCGCUUCGAGAAGCAGAAGUACCUGUCCACACCGGACAGAAUAGAUCUGGCGGAGUCUCUGGGUCUGAGUCAACUGCAAGUCAAAACAUGGUACCAGAACAGAAGAAUGAAAUGGAAGAAAAUUGUCCUACAAGGCGGAGGCCUGGAGUCCCCCACUAAACCCAAAGGUCGCCCCAAGAAGAACUCCAUCCCCAGCAGCGAGCAGCUCUGUGAGCAGGAGCGCUCUGCUGCGGAUACAGACCCCCAGUCUGAAGGCCCCAGCUCCCACUCAGAGAACACGCACGAGGACUGACCUGGACCCAGACUGAUCUGGACCCAGACUGACCCGGACCCGGACUGAUCUGGACCACAGGACUGGACUCAGCUUGGGGAACUUUGGGAUGCUCAGUACGAGUGGAGAAAGCUGUUUGCCGGAACCGUGUUGUUUUCCGUACACAAAAAACUCCACACAGACUCAGGAGCAGAAAUGAGUGUGUGUCCUGUAGGACUCACGUUCUGUGCCUUCCCUCCUGAUGAACUUCUGCUGUUGCUGAGGAAACUCAAACCUUCAGUAGGUCUUUCUUUUAUAUUCUAAAGAUCCGCUCUCCUCUGUUUUGCAUUCCCUUUUGUGUAACUAUGCCAUGUUUAAUUAUUAAAUAUAUUUUCACUAAUGCUGUUUUUCAGUUAUUUCGAGGAAAUGUUCAUUUUUAGUUUUAAAUGAGCAGUCAGACAGUUUCACACAGCCUGAAGUGAUCAGAAAGAAAUACUUCAGUCUGCCAUUAAAUAUAAUGUAGCUUAAAUAACAGAGACAAAGAGAAUGAGGCCUUUUAGGUUUGGCAAUAAUGAAAAUUAAAACGAUGGAUUCCCUGGUUUUAUUUGGAUUGUCUGUUUUAG